UUGACCUUGCACCUCACCAAAAACUACACAGGACUACGCUGGUUAAAGCGCUGCUUGUUUGAAAUCCAUUGCGCUCCUCUUGGAAUAGACGAGUCAGACCGGUCUUGCUACAAGAGAAGCUUCAGAAUGUCCAGAAUUAAAUUUUUAGUUGUCUUGGUCGCAGUCUUUGCCGAUACCUUUCAUGCUGACAGCGAUCCCCAGUCUCCGAGAGCUAGUCAAGACUACGAAUUGGACUAUUCUGAACCUGGUGCUCUAACAGAGAAUUGCCUCUGUGUACCAUUUUAUCAGUGUGUCGACGGAGAGAUAGUUGAUGAUGGUAGUAAUAUUCUUGAUCCUCGAAGAAAACCACAGGAGGAAGAACUUCCGGACAAGAAAGCAAAUGUGGUGGUGAGAUUAGGAGAGUGGGACACUCAAAACACGGAGGAAUUUCUUCCUCACGAAGAUUUUGAAGUGGCUCAAAUAAUUAUACAUCCAGAAUACAGAUCCAACAACUUGUUCAAUGACAUUGCUAUCCUCAAGCUAAAGACGAAAGUAGUCUUCAAACCUCACAUUGAUACAGCUUGCUUGCCAAAAGAUAACGACAACUUCACUGGGCAACAAUGUGUUGUCACAGGAUGGGGGACUGAUGCAUACAAAAGUGGUUCUUUUCCAAUGAUCAUGAAAGAAGUAACACUUCCUGUCCUUGGACACAACGAUUGCCAAAACAAAUUGAGGAAAACUAGACUCGGGCGAUAUUUCAAACUGCAUGGAGGUUUUCUUUGCGCAGGAGGCAAUGAGGGUGAAGAUUCAUGCAAAGGUGAUGGCGGAGGACCUUUGGUGUGUUACAGAUCCGAUUAUACCUACACGUUGGCUGGUCUCGUUUCCUGGGGCAUCGACUGUGGCCAUAAGGACGUCCCCGGAGUGUACGUCAAUGUACGAAAAUACAUUAACUGGAUAUCGUCGAACACCGGAAAACCGAUGCCUCAAUACUGGAGCAGUGAAUGAAUAGAUGGAAACAGUAUUUUAACAUGAAAAUUCUGAGGAGAAUUUUUUUAGAUUCCAAAACAAAAACGAUCUCAUUUUAUUGAAACGACUUACAUUUGCGACAGGUAUGGACGAAUUUACGAAGAAAAAAAAUAUUUAUUUCCAUUUUAAUAAAUACCAUCAAGUUUUAGUAAA